AUGGAAGCAAAGGAAGAGCCGUCGGAGGAGCUGGAUGAUCUUCUUGAGCAGACUAUGUCCGAAGAGCAGGAGCUGGAUGAUCAAUUUCUCGCGCAUGCUUUGGCCGAAAGCUUGCGUGGCAGCUCUAAGCAGGAGUCGGAUGAUGGGCUUCUCCUUCCCGACAGCUCGUUUGACCCGUAUUUGGCAUUAUUGCUAGUUUUUACGGGCCCGGAUGAGCUGGAGGACAUCUCGCCAAGUGAGGCAAGUCCUGGAAGGGAGGGUGCUCCUGCUGCUUCGGAUGACGGUGAUGGUGUAUUGCCAGCUGAGGACGGGAUGGGACUUGGGCCUGUCGCUUCGCCCGAAAACUCGGAAGACGAGGAAGUGGAAAUGAUUGGCGGAGGGGAGCCAGCUCCACCAGCCAAGGAGACGUUGACUGCUUGGGCCGACGAGUUCAAAGCCGUUAAGGA